AUGUACAGACCAAAUUAUAACCAUGUUUCGAAUAACCAACAAAAUAAUCCUUAUCCAAGAUUAGAUCCACAGUGGAAUAGAAGCAGUACCCGAGACCACUAUACACCUAGGAGAUUUAACAAUCAUCCAUUUUCACAACCUUAUGGUAUUAAUCUAGGAAUUCAGGCUCAUAGUAAUGAAUACUGGUGUGAAACUUGUGACAGAGGAUUCGCAGGACAAGUUCUACUUGAUAACCAUAAAAAACAACAUCAGAAAUGUAAUAUUGAUGGCUGCCAAUUUAUUGCUCAUCCUAAAGUUAUUACUAAACAUAUACAAAUGCAACAUUCAACUGGCCUGUAUAAAAAGAUUGCAAAAUUAAACAAUCCAGAGGAAAUCGAAAAAUGGCGAGAAGAAAGAAGAAAGAAAUAUCCAACAAAAUGUAACAUUGAUAAAAAAAAUUUAGAACUACAGGAAAAAAUUGAAAGAGGAGAAAAAAUGGGUAUAAAGGCGGUAAACACUCAGGAUGAACACAAAAAGAGACAUAGAUUUGGCGAUAAAUAUCCCAGGAAAGAAAAUAAAAUUUUAAAAAGAACAAACCCUUCAUAUACUAAAAGACCAAUAGUACCCAAAAAGAUAGUAAAAUAUGAAAUAGAUCAAGAUGUAAGACGCCUUAAGCCAUUUGCUGGUAUACAACAGUUAAUUGAAGACACAACAGAGAGUGAGCCUUCAUCACCAGAAACACCAAAAGAUCUUAUAGAUGAUGAUGAUGAGUUUGUAGACAAUCCAAAGAUUACUUUAGAAACUAAACCAGUGGUGUGUGGGGCUCUUAUAUCUUUAUUAAAUGAUUAUGGUUCAUCAGAUGAUGAAGAUCUAAAUAACUCUAAGGCUAUACAUUCCCAAAAAGAUUGCAGAUUAUUGGACAACACAAAAGAAAAUCAAAUAAUUAAUAGCAAUGAAUGUGUGAUUGAUGAUAAGAUGAAAACACAAGUAGUUGAGAAAUGUAUAAUUGCACCUCACUCUAAGGAUCAAACUCAGCAGCUGGAUGCAAAAAUUAACCUGGAAGAUGAGGAUAGUGGUCCAGAAGAAGUAAAGGUUAUUAAAGAAGUUACAGCGCCUACUUUGUUAAAUACUAUGACACAAACAAAACCACUACACAAAUGUAAAAAACAAGAUAAAAUCAAAAUGCCUCAAAAUACUUUUAAACGAAAACUGCCUUCUACUUUACUUGAAAAGCUUUUGAGCAGUGAAAUACGACAAGAAAGAAAUAUUGUUCUUCAGUGUAUAAGAUAUAUAAUUAGGAAUAAUUAUUUUGAUAAAGAUAAUUAG